AGUUAUUAUUUUACAGGUAGGGAAAGCAGUGGCACACAAGAGGCUGAAAUAAGAGGCAUGAAUGGUUGAAGGACAACAAAAUAGAUCUGAAAUAGAGGACAUUGGUGUAGUUAACAGACUGUGUGGGAUGAGAAAGACACAAGGGAAGCAGGAGAUGAGAGAAACUGGUAAAUACUGUGAGAGGUGGGAAGUAAAUACAUCUCCUUUCUCAUUAGCAGGGAGUAAUGAAAAGUUUGUAGUCACAAACACUUGCGGAAUAGAAGGAGCAGGAAUGCUGUGAGGAAUAGAGAGAAAGAGCUGUGAGCAGCUGAGAGAGAUAGUAAAGUCAUGGAGGAGAAGCUGAAUGCAGAAAGAUGAAGAAAUGCCCAGUGAAGGCAAGGUCAAACAGGAGGCUCUGCUGGUGCAGCUCUAAGAUGAGGCCCUCAGCUGGACAAGGCAUAAAGCUGGCAUACCUCCUCCUGAGUUUGGCUCCUCUCUGCCUCCCCACCCCACUCUGGAAGGACCGGGACUCCCUAAUGCAGGAGGAGAGAGCCCGACAGACAGGGGGCAAUUUGGUGCUGAGUAGGCAGGAAGAGCAGCUCAGUACGAAGCUCGUAAACCUCAAGAAGAAGGAAGUUGCAACAGCCAUAACCACGGGACAGUUUCCCCCAAGCAUGCACUUCUUCCGGGCCAAAAGCCUCAUUGAUCAGAGCACGGUGUUCAGCAUCUUAAAGCGCAUGCCUAAAGGUGCUGUCUUACACCUGCACGACUACGCCAUGCUGAGUGUGGACUGGCUGGUGUACAAUGCCUCCUACCUCCCCGACUGUUACAUCUGCUUCACCCGCACGGGCACCGUCCGAUUUCGCUUUUCCAAGCCGCAUCCUCCGCACCCACUGCCAGCCCAGUGCUCCCAGUGGGUUUUGCUAGAGACUUACCGGAAAGAGCUGCACAACGUGACGGAGUUUGACAGCAGCUUGCUGAGAAACCUGACCCUGGUGACAGAUGCCCCUGAGCUGGCCUACCCUUCUCAGGCUUUCAUUUGGCAAAGAUUUGAAGAAAUCUUUCUCAUUGCCUCUGGACUUAUCUGCUAUGCACCUGUGUUCAAGGCCUAUUUCUACCAGGGGCUGCUGGAGCUCUAUGAAGAUAACGUGCAGUAUGUCGAGAUAAGAGCUAUCCUGCCUGCAGUGUAUGAACUGGAUGGCACCCAGCACAAUAAAUCCUGGUCUGUGGCAACCUAUCGGGAAGUGACCAGGCAGUUUGUGAAGGAGCACCCUGACUUUGUUGGAGCCAAGGUUAUAUUUACAGCGCACAGGAUGCUGAAUGUUUCCCAGAUUAAAGAAGCCAUCGUCACUGCCAUGGCGCUCAGAGCCCAAUUCCCAGACACCCUGGCAGGCUUCGACCUGGUUGGUGAUGAGGAUGAAGGUCAUUCUUUAUGGGACCUGAAGGAUGCCCUGACCAUCCCGUAUUCCAUGGGGGUCAGCUUGCCAUACUUUUUCCAUGCUGGCGAGACAGACUGGCAGGGCACCUCUGUAGACAGUAAUGUGCUGGAUGCACUGCUCCUGAACACCAGCAGGAUUGGCCACGGACUCGCUCUCAUUAAACACCCAGUAGCCAAAAGUUUGUCUCUGAAGAGGGAUAUUCCCGUAGAAGUCUGUCCCAUCUCCAACCAGGUCCUGCUGCUGGUAGCUGACCUGCGGAGUCACCCCGCAGCUGACCUCAUGGCUGAAGGGCACCCCAUUGUGAUCAGCCCCGAUGAUCCCCCUAUCUUUGGAGCAAAGGGAGUCUCCUAUGACUUCUACGAGGUGUUCAUGGCCAUCGGAGGGAUGAAUGCCGACCUGAGGACAUUAAAACAACUUGCACUCAACUCCAUAAAAUACAGUGCCAUGGCAUCUGCUGAAAAAGCCAAGGCCAAAGAGGUCUGGCAGAAAAAAUGGGACCAAUUUGUGGCUGACCUCUCUGAUAGCUUUUUAAGGGAGCUUUAGAAAGGACAAGACUCAUCUCAGAAGGCAUCUCGCAAGCCAGAGUGAUUGCUUAGAGGGAGACUGCUUCUUCCAUGUGACCUGAGCAGAUGAAUGAACCUCUAAGUCUUACCUGGCAAUGGGCGACCCUGGUAAGCCAGGCUUAAUGGGCUUAAAACUGAGAACGAGCUGAGCUGUUCUGUGAAAGUCACGGACUGGAGGUAAAAGGGAGCAGUGAGCCCUUACAGCAACCACAGAAGACCACCCCACUCAAAAUAGUCAAAACAGUUAAAAAUUGCCAAUUACCAAAUCUUGACAUCCUUAUUCAGGAAAAAUAUGCUUUCCAGUUAGGGUCAGCAGGAGACUGCCAACAUGAGGAUCUCUGAAUUUCACCUUAUCAUUACAAAAUGCAGACCUUGUCCGGAAACAGCUAAGACAAACAUCCAACCAUUUGGGCCACUGACCUUCAGGAGAGCAAGGACUGAAAAUGACUCUUGUUAUGUUUAACCCUGGGCCUGCUGCCAAAAUAGCACUGCUAGGUCGAAGAACCAGUCAUAGGUCUGAUGUCUGCUAUUUCAGGCUCUACCAUGGCUUGGAAACAAGCUGAUGGAACUUGCUCCCAGAACAUUUAAGCCUGGUUGCACAGUGAUCAUAAAGCCAAAAAGAGGUGUCUGAGUUGCCAAUAGCUUUUUUUACUGCAAAAUCUUUUCCUGUCUCCUGGUCAAAAGGAAGGCAAAACACGUUUCAUCUGAGGAAAAAACAUCCUGGCUUCCCAGAUCCAGCUUAAUUAAAACUGUCCCUCCACACAAGGCCACAUUAACACAGGGCUCUGCAUUUAUAGGAAACAGCUUGUGAUUUUAGGGGGUUCCACUACCAGCCUUUGUUGCCUAAAUCAGAGUGCAAAUGUGUCCUUAACCAGCCUGUCAGGCAGAUUUUCACCUUGGUGGAGAACUGCUCUCACACCGUGGAUAUCCACAGUGCUCAUUUGGACUUCUGUGAUUUCCAUCUCUCUGGUCAAAAAAACCUAUACAAUAAAUAGUCUUUGGACAAGGGAAUUCCCCUUCUUAGUAUUACCAAAAGUAUCAGGAGGAGAACCAGUUGCAGAGAGAUUUAAAAAAACAACAACAACUUAAUCAGGAUGCUAAAUAAAUGUAGCAAAAUUGUUCAACACCAAUACCCCAAACACGCAGCCAGGAUCAAUCAGCAUCUCUCUCUGACUUCAGUACAAUUAUGCUGGUUUGCAUCAGCCAAGGGAGAAUUGACAAAAAUUCCUGUUGAGAGACAUGUCCCUCCUCUGAGCCGCAGUCUUGCAAGGACUGUUGUUUCCUGAUCUGACCAGCUUGGGCAAAUUGGCUCUCUUUAGGCUUUCUGCUAAUUGUCUCAAGCUGCCUGGCUAUAGUGCUUAUUUCCACUGACCUUGGCUGAAACACCUUAGCAGGAGGCAAAUACACUUACUACAGAAGUGGAUCAAGCUGCACAGCCCCUGCAUGCCGUGUUAAAUUGCUCACAUUUCACAGGCUGCAACUUCAUCUCUAGUUAGAGUUAAAAAACCGAACAACAAACACACUGCAAGCCCCAUCACAGAAAAAAAAAUAAAACCACAACAAACUACAGGUGUGUUGCAUUGCAGAACCCAGCAACACAAACCAAAGAAAGCAAAAGUGACAACCCUGUCACACCCCUUGAUAACUGGGAAGUGUGUGUGUGGGGGGGAAAUUAAGUGCCUCGCAUCGCCAGCCCUUUUCAGCCACAGCUGCCUCUACUCCAGCUUUCUCUGCCCACAUUCCCCCACAACUUUCCUCAGAGCACCAGCAGAUGCUUUCUGGCAGGCUGACCUUCCCUGGGCCUUGAUGCAGAUUUGGUCCUGGGAGGAGCUUUAUACUGGAGGAGGAGCCAGAGCAGAGCCCCUUUCCCUCCUCCUCCAUGGGUGUUGCAUACAGAGCUCAGUCUAAAGUCCCCAAGGUAGGCUUUGGUCAUGGCCAGGUUAUAAAUGCUGACUUGGGAAAUGCCUUAUUUGUAAUGCUGCUGAGGCGAACUGCUGCAAGCAAGUGCAGUGGCUGCUAACCAAUGACCCAAAGCCUCUGAGCAACCUGAUCUUUCAGCAUUGCUAUAUGUGGAGGGACAAAGAUCCUUAUUUGCCACGAGUUGAUUCUCCCUUAAAUAAGCCUCUUUGCUGCCAAGGUGAAGCUAAUCAUUACAGAGCCAUUGUGUGAGGAGGUGAGUUCCUCAACAGGUUGACAGACAUCCCUUCCUUUUCUAUUACAGUAGAAAGCUUUCAGCUCUUCCUGCAUGUGAUCUCUUGAGGGCUCGAAUUGCUCUUUGGUUACCUCUAGUCCUCCUCCCUCCUCAUUACCUGCAAUAGUUGCAGGGAUAGAUCCUAAUUUGCCGAACGCCUGCUGGAAUCAGUUUACCUGUAGUGUCCAGUUUGUUCUUGCCUUCCUAAGAGAAGCCUGUUGUGCAUUUGGCCAUUUACCUACUUUGUAGCCAUGACAUGAUGGGGCCAAGUAUCUAGAGCCAGCAGUAAGUGAUGCUGUUCAGGAUUACAGCAGAAUCAGGUUUCCACAGAAAUCACAGGAUUGUACGGGUCUGAGAUGACUUUCAGAUGAAGCCCUCAGAAAGGUGAAACAACUCUACAGGACUAUGUCUGCAUUUGUGACUAGCCUGGUGACUCCGCUUCUGCUAAGGGAGAGAGAAGCUUUAUCUUAGCUUUGGGCAGAGAGAAGAAGCUUUUCUGUCCCGGUCAUAUAUGUAUGUUUAAAUGUGCACCUGAACCAUACAGAGGGGCCUGACUCCAGUGGUGUGGCCCUCCUUGGAUCCCUCCUUGAACAGGGCAUUGCCAUGUGUGGUGUCUGGGGCUUCCCAAGAGUCCUCUGGCAGUAGAUGGGCUUCAACCAUACACAAGGCCUAAGCAAGCGUGAGAGAAGGAGGGCCAGCCUGCUUUACUGCUGGGGGUCAACACUUCCUUGGAGUGGCCUUAGUUCUGAGAAAGGUGCAAACUGAGAAACCCAAAUUGCAUCCUCACCUCUCUAACUCCAGGCGUGCAAAAAAAGGAUGGAUUUAGGCUGGACCACAGCAGUUAUGAAAGAUCCAUCUAUUUGGCCUCAAAGCUUUGGGUAAAUUUGGCUGCAGGGCCCUCUUUCAAGGGUUUUGCUGCCAGUCUAUUCCCUUACCGUCAGUGCCUUGGCUCCCUGCUCACAUUUGUUGGCAAAUACAUCAUAUACAAUGCUUUUUUGCCUAUUUCUUUCAGAACCCAGUCUAUAAUUAAAUUUUUAAACCAAUUU